UUAUACCCAAAAUGGAUAAUAUCUUAAUCAAAAAAAUGUUCGACAUGUUAUGAAUGGUAUUAGAGUCUCUCUGUAACCCAAAACAAUAAGUAAUUUAGUUAUAUGAAAUAGUUAAAUCAUAACUAUCCCAUGAUUUUACUACCUAAUAGUCUAUGUUAAAUUUUUCCGGUAUAACCUCCGUUACGUUUACACCGUUUAAUGCAUCGAAACGGACAAACCAAGAUUCGGAAAAUGCUAGAGAGCUAACACCAUGCAUUAUUACAAAAGUACAAAUGGACAUUAACAUCCAACUGCCCAACCCAGCCCAACCCAGUCAACGAUGCCAAACCAAAAAAAAACAAACAUUAUAGAACUUCAAUUACUACUAUUUAUGAAGGAGCAUAUCUUCUUCACCAAAACGGCAGCGUUCUCGCAGCCAGCAUUCCACAAGUGGAAAACAUGCUGCUCGCCUUCCGCCUCCACAAGUUCCACGUCACCUUCCCACCCGCUCCCUUUCAGCAGCUCGCAGUAAUGCUUCCCUCUCGCUCUCAAGAAAUCCUUCUCCGCCACCAUAACCAGCACGUUCGAGCAGCCCAGCCGGGCCAGGUCCGGCUCGAACGCCGGGUUCAGAUACGGGUCGUCCAGCCCGGCCGUCGACGUCGGGCAGGCCAGCAACCAGAACCGCUCCCACCAAUCGGGCACCUGAGCCGCCUCGUCGUCGAUCGGUUCCUUCCCGGCGAAAUACGGGUGGACCAGGACCAACCCGGCCAGCCGCGGCAGCCCCUCUACCUUUUCUCGCCCGUACCUUCAGUAGCGUAGCCAAAAUUUUAUAUAUCUUAGUUCGAAUUUGAAAUAAAACGAUUAUCUUUUAAACAUUUUACUGUAGUAAUAUAUGAAAAACUUUUUUCUAACAGCAAGUUUUAGUAGAAAUAACAAUUUAGCCAGAAUUUUAUAUAUCUUAGUUCGAAUUUGAAAUAAAAAGAUUAUAUUUUAAACAUUUUACUGUAGUAAUAUAUGAAAAACUUUUUU